AUGCAAAAGGUUGCAAUUCAGCUUUUGUUGGUGUUAGCGUCAGUCAAUGGAUUCCUGUGGGAUAAAGAGAUUGAAGUGAUUAAGUCGGAAUGGUCGCCUGUGGUAGUGGUUAUACGUCAUGUAGAAUACAUCGGGCGUCAAGACAAUGGAACCUUGGAUUGUAGUGUGCCUGGCUUCACUAACUAUCGAUGGACUGUUAUCAAUAAAGCAACGAUGGAAGGCUUCACAGAAUCGUACGUCUUAGGAACUGGUAGCAAAAGGAUCCCCGAGUCACAGUCCCACCUAACUAUCGGUGAAGGAGGAUUUGAUCUACUAAAUGAUGUCUUAGCAGUAUCAUGUGAAGCUCUCAUUGGUCUCCAUCCCCGGAUGCAGAUUAUAUGGGCUAUCACCAGGCUUCACUCGCCUAUGGGUUACCCAACCGAUCCACGUGUUUGCGAUUUCGGGUCAACGAGUCUUGAAACGAACUGCUUGUGGUAUCAAUGGACGUAUAAGAAGGACUGUUAUUAUGACAAGGGAAUGGAGUACACGGGCAGCGUGAAUAUGGCAAAACACAACAAGUGUAAAUACUGGCACAUGGGUACUGGUCCACAUAAAAGAUCUCCUGUUAUAGCUCGCUUGAUGGGGAUCUUUGAUAAAGGUGGUCACGACUAUUGCCGCAACAUCCCAUGGAACCCAACAUGUUACUUGAAGAAGGGAGAAGACCCAUCGUGCAAGGAAAACGUACUAACACAGCCUUGGUGCUACUCGGACGACGAUCCUAACGAGGGUGAGUUUAAGGUGCACUACUGUGACGUCCCGGAAUGCUCCUCGUGUAUGUAUGGCAAUGGUGACGGAUCAUUCAAACUUUAUCCAGGAAGAAAAUUCCCGGUUUACCUGGGAAGAAAUAUUGAGACUACGAAAAUCACAAACAAAAAUCGAGUCUUGUGUCGACAAGGCAUUGGCUGGCAAGACAAUGUUUGUAGGGUGAAACUGUCAAUCAGAACUCAAGAGAUGGGUGCCCCUCACGUGGUUACCAAGGCGACACCUCAUUGCUAUGUAGCCAAGCCUGGCACUGAUGUAAACAAAAUCAAGAAAGUCCCGGAUCAAAAUUUAGAACUCGUAGAGUGUAAAUUUAAACAGUGUACUGUAAGGCAAGUGUGGUUUCUGUUUUUCAAUACCUACGGAAAUCCCUUUGUCGUGGAGUCCAACUUCGAUGGCAUUAAGAUAGAACUAGUUCGAGGAAGGAAAGAAGAGCGUAUCAAAUUCGCUGCCUUCGGUAUUCAUCUGGUCAGCGGUUUGAUCAUAGAGAGCAACGACAAUCGAGUUACUAGUUAUCUGGAUAAUUUUUCAUUGAUUACCAGAAGGCCUCCGGAGAAACUGAGCGAACUGGUAGUGAAAAAUGUUCGAAAGGAAUAUAGUGGACUUUACCAGCUAACGUACAAGUUUGCCGAAGCGGACCCUGCUGUUGAUCAGGGAACGUACAAGGUCAACUUCGAAAUCGAUGUCAAAGAACCGACUUCAUUUUCACUCAAGCCAAGCGUUUUAAAAGUCUGUGCGAAUGGAAAAGGCAAGUUACGUGUUGAAGUAAGGGGUUAUUUCCAGGUCCUCGAGGAUACAAUCAAAUGGAAGUACGGCUUGUCAAGGAUGAGUAUUAACACAGAGAUCUUGCCUCAGAAUACUCGUUUUGAGCUCAGUGCUGAUGCCAAAGGGCUGUCAAUCAAAACGGUUACUGAGGACCUGUGGGUUAGURUCGAAGGAAGGAGUUACUCAGGAAAACCAAAAGCAAUAGCACACGUCACAUUGAAAGAUCAGCCAUUCCUAAAGAGCGUUAGUCCCACAACACAGUACACUCUACCAGGUGAUGACGUCAGCCUCAUCAUCGAAAACGACCAAUUACAGAAGGUUACGUGGAGGUUCGACGCCAUGGAGAUAUCCAGUUUACCAGACGACCCAAAUAUGGGAUUUCGAAGGGUGCCGCGAGGAGAUCACAUUGUGACGUCAUUAGUCAUUAGUGACGUCAGAGAACAUCAGUAUGGUAGCUACUACGUAGAAACUGAGAUGGAUGGAUGCAAGAGUACGGUCAAAUUCGACGUCAAACAUUUGAGUGAGAAACCAGAUACUGAUCAGCAGAUAUUGAUAAAGAACAAAGUCAAACCCGUGGAUUUCAACAGAACUGGAUUGUGGUGUACUGAUGAACUGGACCCUUAUGCCUUCUACUUUGAUAUUGACUUGAAUGACGUCACGACUAUUGGAGCGCUUCGUAACGAACCGCUGACCCAUUCCAACGCAGUUGAAGUGCAGCACUACACGAUCCAAUACAGCAUCGAUAGAAGAACCUGGAAUACAUUGAUACUAAAAGGCAAUGAGUCUAAGAUUCCCUAUACAUUGCUUGGAAACGAGAUCUACUGGUUAAAUAAGUCCAUUACGACCCGUUAUCUUCGCUUACUCCCAGAAACGACAGAAACAACAACAUGUAUGAGAGUUACGCUAUUCGGCUGCGAGGGAGAUACGCUAGACUGUGAUAUAAUCCCUCUGAGUUCAUCCGGAUUAGGAAUUAAAAACCUUGGCAUUUACCUUGGAAUCGGAGGAGUUCUUCUUAGUUUGUCAAUUGCAGUUUUUGUUUUAAUAAGGAGAUCUCGCCUUAGUGACGAAGAAAACAAGAAAAGGAAGACGAAGAAAAGAGGGCGGGAAGACAAUUCAACUUGUAAGAAGCCAAGAAAAAGGGAGAAGCCUUCAGGAAAGAAAGAUAUUUGUAAAGGAAAAGGGAAAUUAAAUCACCCGGGUUUGAAAAACAAAGGAAAGAAAAAGAGACAUAUAGAUAGUUUCGACGAGAAUUGGAAUAGCGAAGUUUCAGGAACGCGGGAAAUGAAAAAGAGAAUACCAAAGAGACAUAUAAAAGAAGAUGGAAGAAAGCCCGGAAAUAAAGUACAAGAAAGAGCUCGGCGAGCGGGAUAUGCUGUUGAUGGGGACUCUUUUUACGGAAUCAAAGUUUAA